AAUAUGGCCCAUUAUUACUUGUAAAUAAAAAUGGGCUUCAUUCAUUACAAACUUUAAUUUCAAAUCACAAUCUAAAAGUAGAAAAAGGCAUUUCAAACUAAGUUCUCUCUCGGAGCAUCGUCGCAGGAAGCCGGCGGGAACGCAUUAAGAUCGUAACUUUUAAGAUACAAUGUCUACUGUCGAUGAGCCUCUAUAUCCGAUAGCUGUUCUUAUAGAUGAGCUAAAAAAUGAUGACAUUCAGCUCCGAUUGAAUUCAAUCCGUAGACUAUCGACAAUUGCACGAGCUCUCGGGGAGGAGCGGACGAGGAAGGAGUUGAUUCCAUUUUUGAGUGAAAACAAUGAUGAUGAUGAUGAGGUUCUCCUUGCAAUGGCUGAGGAGUUGGGUGUGUUCAUUCCAUAUGUUGGAGGUGUGGAGCAUGCCCAUGUUUUGCUCCCACCAUUGGAGACUCUUUGCACUGUUGAGGAAACAUGUGUGAGAGAUAAAGCUGUGGAGUCCUUGUGUAGGAUCGGGUCCCAGAUGAGGGAGAGUGACUUAGUUGACUGGUUUAUUCCUCUAGUCAAGAGGCUGGCAGCUGGAGAAUGGUUUACUGCUCGAGUUUCUGCAUGUGGGCUAUUUCAUAUUGCCUAUCCAAGUGCCCCUGAUGUGUUAAAGGCAGAAUUGCGGUCAAUAUACAGCCAGCUUUGUCAAGAUGACAUGCCUAUGGUUAGGAGGUCUGCUGCCUCGAAUUUGGGGAAAUUUGCUGCAACAGUCGAACCUGCUCAUUUGAAAACUGACAUCAUGUCAAUAUUUGAGGAUCUUACCCAGGAUGAUCAGGAUUCUGUUCGCUUGUUGGCUGUUGAGGGUUGUGCUGCUCUUGGAAAAUUGUUAGAGCCCCAGGAUUGUGUUGCUCAUAUUCUCCCAGUUAUUGUUAACUUUUCCCAGGACAAGUCUUGGCGUGUGCGCUACAUGGUUGCAAAUCAGUUAUAUGAACUCUGUGAAGCUGUGGGGCCUGAGCCUACUAGGACGGAUUUGGUUCCUGCAUAUGUGCGCUUACUUCGUGAUAAUGAGGCUGAAGUACGUAUAGCAGCUGCUGGAAAAGUAACAAAGUUUUGCCGCAUUUUAAAUCCAGAACUUGCUAUUCAACAUAUCCUCCCCUGUGUUAAAGAAUUGUCAUCAGAUUCUUCUCAGCAUGUCCGUUCUGCUUUGGCUUCUGUUAUAAUGGGGAUGGCUCCUGUUCUUGGGAAGGAUGCAACAAUUGAGCAACUUCUUCCAAUUUUUCUUUCCCUUCUGAAGGAUGAAUUUCCUGAUGUGCGCCUCAACAUAAUCAGCAAGCUGGAUCAAGUGAAUCAGGUUAUUGGAAUUGAUCUACUUUCUCAAUCAUUAUUGCCAGCCAUCGUUGAGCUUGCUGAGGAUAGACAUUGGAGGGUCCGGCUUGCAAUCAUAGAGUACAUACCUUUAUUGGCAAGUCAGUUGGGUGUUGGGUUCUUUGAUGAUAAACUUGGGGCUCUUUGCAUGCAGUGGUUACAGGAUAAGGUUUACUCAAUUCGUGAUGCUGCUGCUAAUAAUUUAAAACGCCUUGCUGAAGAAUUUGGUCCUGAGUGGGCAAUGAGGCACAUAAUUCCACAGGUUCUGGAGAUGGUAACUAAUCCUCACUAUUUGUACCGGAUGACCAUUUUACGUGCUAUCUCGCUCCUUGCUCCUGUAAUGGGCUCAGAAAUUACAUGCUCUAAACUGCUUCCAGUAGUUGCCACUGCAUCAAAAGACAGAGUACCCAACAUCAAGUUCAAUGUGGCAAAGGUGUUGCAAUCUCUCAUUCCCAUAGUCGAUCAGUCUGUUGUAGAGAAGACCAUACGUCCCUGCUUGGCUGAACUAAGUGAGGAUCCCGAUGUGGAUGUCCGUUUUUUCGCCAACCAAGCACUUCAGUCAAUUGAUAACGUCAUGAUGUCGAGCUAGAAAGUACACCGUUACACCGAGCUGAAUUUUCUAUUUAAGACCAACUUGCUGAAGGUGCCAGGUUAGUUCUCUUCCUCAGUGUUGGUGCAGUUAUGCCCCUCGGUGAGGUGUGACCAACAUCUAACUGCCAAAUUUCUCUCUUUUUUUUUUUUUCCCUUCUCAUUUCCAUUUAUGUGCUUUAGUAUGUUGUAUAAACUCAUUUUGUAUCAUCUCAUGACAAUAUGUAGUGUAUUCUUUUUAUCCUUUCCCAUUAUUCAGAUUCAAAAGCUUUUUCUAAGAAAGUUUAGAUGUAAUAUAGUGGCCGAUUGCCAUUUUUGCUGAA